GGUCAAGACCACGACACUGUUGUUUACUUAUACUAUUUGGAACUGAGAAAUCCACCAGUUGACACGACGGUCAUUAUCUGACACUUCACCAUGUCGCAGCCAAUCAUCCUAACGCCCCGAUUGGAGCUAGUUCCUCUUGAUCAAAGCCCCGAGCAUAGGCAAUUCCUUCUCGAACUAGAUACCGACCCGGAGGUAAUGCGCUACAUUGCUUUUGGACGACCAUUUGACGAAAAAGAGGCGGAGCUGUGCCGAGAAGCCCUGCUCAAGACCGCGGAGCCGACCGGGUUCGGGACCUGGGUCGCACAACUACGCAACAACCGAAGCAACCAAACCACCACCAACAAGAACAGCCCAAAGGAGUUGGUCGGCUGGUGGGUUCUCAGCCCAAGCGAGACAAACCCAGAAAAGCGCGCCGAGUUCGGCCUGCGGGUCGUACGACAGUUCUGGGGCCAGGGCUUUGCCAAGGAGGGCACGUUGGGCCUGUUGCGGUAUGCCUUCGAGUCGAUGCCCGGCCUUGGCACAGUCUACGGCGAGACCAUGACGGUCAACGAGGGCAGCUGCAAGACAAUGGCAAGCUGUGGGAUGAGAUUUGUGCGCAAAUAUUUCAACGAGUACAAGGACUUCACGCCGGCACCGGGAAUCGAGCACGGCGAGGUCGAGUACGCCAUCACCAGGGAAGAGUGGGAAGAGGCUCAGAUCCGGGCUGCUGCUCAGGAACACCAUGCCACACGGAUCCACCAGGCAAAGCUGCAACCGAAGCAACUUGAUAGUGGCGAGCACCGGCGCAUACCCAUGCAUGCUAGCAUGCCAGCGGUAGCUGUCGGCUCAUUCUCGGCUUGA